AUGGCAACGGUCAGUCAAAGAGUAUUCGCAGAGGCCGAGAAGCUCGCUACUAUCGAUAUUGGGGACUCCCUGCCAUCCGUUACUCUCAAGAAUGAGAAAGGCGAAGAUGUCGACGUAUCCACGUUGGUUGCUGAAAAGGGAGUCGUCUUGUUCCUUGUUCCCAAAGCCGAUACUCCCGGAUGUACCAACCAGGCUUGCGGGUUCCGCGAUAUUUACCCGGACUUCGCCUCACACAACUUCGAUGUAUAUUGCUUGAGUGCAGAUAGUCCAGCGGCCCAGACGAAAUGGCAGGCGAAGAAGAAUCUACCUUACGCUUUGCUCUCUGACCCAAAGCGAGCGCUCAUUACUGCCUUGAAAGCCAAUGAAGGCGGGAAGACCAAGCGCAGCCACUUCAUUUUCGAGAAGGGAGGAAAGUUGGUCGACAAGAAGAUUCCGGUCAAGCCCGCUGAUAGUCCUAAAUUGGCUCUGGAAUUCGUCGAAAAGUUGAAUGCUGCGUAG